AUGUCGCCUAAUGAAUCGUUUGAACCCAUUCUGUCGGGAAAUCCACGUUGUAAAGUCGAAGCUUCUUCAUUUAAUGCUGAUGUAGAAACUUCUAUUUCUUCAAGUAGCUUAUCUAUUUCUUCGUAA